AUGGCGGAUCAUACUUGUUGCACGAAGCAAAAAGUGAAGAGAGGUUUAUGGUCACCUGAAGAAGACGAGAAGCUCAUGAAUUACGUCGCAGCUCAUGGCCAUGGCUGCUGGAGCGCAGUUCCUCGACUUGCUGGGCUGCAAAGGUGCGGCAAGAGUUGCAGACUGAGGUGGAUAAACUACCUGAGGCCCGACCUCAAAAGAGGCAAUUUCACUCCACAAGAAGCUUCCAUUAUCAUCGAGCUUCAUCGAGUUCUAGGCAACAGGUGGGCUCAGAUUGCGAGGCACCUGCCCGGAAGGACUGACAACGAGGUGAAGAACUUUUGGAACUCCAACAUCAAGAGAAAGCUUAUGGCCCAUCAAAGCUUGGCCCAUUCCGAUGUCAGGCCCGCUAACCGUAGCCUGCUCAUAGGGCCCAUUCUUGGGAGCCCAAGUCUUACAGUUGGGGACUGGGACCCACUGCCAUGA